AUGGAGCAAGGCAUCAUUGAUUGGACAGCAUUUCUGGAAGACGACGACGACACCUGGUUUCUUCCCGACCCGCCUCCUGCAGGCGCAGAACUCAUCGAUGCGCCGCUUCCCUACCUUGGAAGCGAUUCGAGCUGCGCUGAAAUGCCAGAGUGUUCAGCGGAUUGCUUCUGGGGUCGCUCCAACUUCAACCGCCCAUUCACAGGGUUUGAGGAGCGUGUGGCAGCUCUUGGUCACUUUGGCAUGGGAUUUCCAGAGGGCCAUCUCCCGGACACCGUCCCGGGAACGUUUAUAGGAACAGAGAUUGAGUACGGGCGGUCCGCUUUGGUUCUCGAUGAUGGCAUUUUGGAUAUGGGCCGAAGCCGAGACAGCAGCGACGACUGCACCCGCGAUGACCGCGCCGGGAUCUUACCCGACAACGAGAGCCAAAUCGAGCUAUCAAUAGGAGCACUGAAAAAAUUAGACGCUGUGCAGAAAGAGCCCGACUUAUCAGAAUUUGCAAUUCCUGAGACCGGCCAGGAUGCCAGGCCUGCGCCGGCGUCAAGCAAAAAAGACUCUGUGGGCGGUGAAUCCGUUAUUGAUGUGGACAGGAUGGAUCAUGCGCUAUCAAAUGCCGUUGCCUGCCCUCAUAAAAUCGCUGAUGGCGAAUGCCUUGGAUAUCAAGGUACCUCCGCUCAAGAUGUCGAGAAACAUUCAGGUUAUAUUCCUGAGGAGAGAGAUGACUGGGUUCCAGAACCUGUAGUCGAGAUGAAACGCGGACUGAAAAAGUAUCAGCGCAAGAGGAAGAUGCACCAAAGCUCCGAGUUUGUCGGGCCAGAUCAAUACGAUAGCGAUUCUGACUAUACACCGGAACCUCGCCAGAAGAAACGUGCCCGGAUCACCACUGCACCAGCUCGCAAAGUGCAGAGCGCCGUGGCAAAGAAGCCCAACGUGUGGUUUGCAAAAGGCCGCGCCAAACCGCUGAAAAAAGCCACUCUGACUGAAAAGGUCGACAAGGGGACUGCGGUCGACUACGCGCCCGUAGCCAACAAGGCCCAAUUCGCCGCCUCUGCGAAGCGGGCUCGAUUUGCCCUCGAAGCCACUACGAUCCGCCAGCAGUCGGGUAUUUCGGACGAGGACGCCGAGAAUGCGCCGUAUACGUUUGAGCAACUGUACAAGGAGUUUCAGAGGGCGAAGCAACGUACCAUUGUCAAGGGUAGCAACCGAAACAUGCAACAGGUCAUUUUUGCGGACAGAGCUGUCGACGCCGAGUUUGCAGAGUUUGCAGUAGCUGCAGAGGUAAUCAUUCGCGUUGGAUAG